AUGAAUUAUAGCUCAUUUGGCAGGAUUUUUGGUGUUUGGUCUGAUUGGAACAAGUCAAGGAAACAUAUUAGGAAGUUGGUUAAAGAUGGAUUCAUCAGCUGCAAACCAAACCACAUUCACUCUCCAUAUCAUGCACGGAGAAUGACAAAAUCCAGAUUGAGGGGUUUUCACUCUGGAUAUGUAUUCAUAGUGUUUAUUUGGCUUCCAGCCUGCACUGAACCCUUAGCUAGACCUGUUCACAACUUCAAGUUGAGGCAGCCGCAGGAUUACCAUAACACUGCUUCAAAGGAAUUGGGUCUGAAGAAUACUUCUUCAAAGAAUCUCAAUCAAACUACUGCCAUUGCCACUGAGUCUGAUAAAGGUAAAGAUGAAAAUGAUGAGAAGACGUGUGACUUGUUUGAGGGUCGAUGGAUACCGGACCUUAAUGGAUCGUUAUAUACGAACUGGAGCUGUCCAACGAUACCCGAUUGGAAGGAUUGUCCUAAACAUGGCAAAAAAGACUUCGAUUAUAUGAAUUGGAGAUGGAAACCAAAUAAAUGUGAGCUUCCUGGGUUUAACCCCAAAACAUUCUUGUCCAUUGUUCGAGGCAAGAAGUUAGCGUUCAUUGGUGAUUCAGUUGCUCGAAACCAAAUGGAAUCUCUCCUUUGUCUUCUGGCUCAAGGAGAAAUUCCAAGAGAUGUCUACAAGGACUCUGACGACCGGUUUCCAACAUUCUACUUUCCGUCUCAUGAUUUCACUCUAAUGGUUUACUGGGUAAGAUUCUUGGUUAUCGCAGAAGAGAUAGUAGUUAACGGUUCUGCAACAGGUACAUUUAAUAUACACCUAGACAAAGUUGAUAAUAACUGGGAUCAGAAUCUACCCGGUCUAGACUACGCCAUCAUUUCGGAUGCUCACUGGUUUUUCCGAAAGCAUUACUUAUAUGAAGGUGGUAAGCUAAUUGGAUGCAUCUAUUGCGACGAACCAAAUGUCCCCGAGUUUGGAGUUCUUUUCGCCAUCGAUAAAGCCUUUGGAACAGCCCUUAAGUCCAUCAAUGACUGUAAUGGGUGCAAUAAGGGAUUACUUACCUUGCUACGAACAUUUUCUCCUGCGCAUUUUGAGAAUGGGUCUUGGAAUGGUGGAGGGACAUGUAAUAGAACAAGUCCUUACACUGAAGAACAGGUUAAUUUUGCUAGUAUGGAAUGGGAGCUAAGGGGUAUUCAAGUGAAAGCCGUUGAAAAUAUUGAGAAGAAAGAAGGGAAGAGAUUUGAGAUUUUAGAUAUCACCAGGGCCAUGAUGAUGAGACCUGAUGGACACCCAGGGCUCAUGAAGAGCAAUCAGUAUUUGAAGGAAUACAGUGAUUGUGUUCACUGGUGUUUACCGGGACCAAUCGAUGUAUGGAAUGAUCUAUUGAUGGCUGUGUUGCAGAAGAAAGAUGAUAAUUGCCUGCGUUAA